GCGCCCAGGUUGGUGAGUGAACGCCCUGCAGAUUAUGUCAGAUUGCGUGCAGAAACCAAACCAGCCCAGCCUUUGAACUUCACCGCUUUUGGCUCGUAUUCACGCUCUUCCGCUCAUUUCCAAGCCAGGUGCUUGACGACGAACCUCACAGAGAGAGAGAAAGUCGUGACAGAGGAGGAGACGGAAAAAAAAGUAUAUGUUAUUAUUAAUCCUGAUAAUAAUAAUAAGGCUGGAGACUUUUUUGAUGACCCCUGCAAACCGAAUGCGGAGCGUCGCUUUCACCUUGGUGGAUUUUUUCAACCUGCGCGCAUCUUGCAUGCGUGUUUUGGUUUUCCUCCAUGCCGCAGGUCUGACAGAGUUUUAAGCGGACUGCAGAGAUCGCGCUUCAGUGUUUCACUUCGGGAAGAACUGAACGGGCGCUGGAUCUUUCUUUACUUUUCCUCUCCGGUUCGUUUUUGAUUUUCCCAGGCGCUGAACAUCCUGGCAUGACCGAUACUUGGCAUUUACGCAGGUGAAGUUUGAAGAUGUCGAAGCCCGCUGAUCACAUCAAGAGACCCAUGAACGCGUUCAUGGUCUGGUCCAGGGGCCAGCGGAGGAAAAUGGCUCAGGAGAACCCCAAGAUGCACAACUCAGAGAUCAGCAAAAGGCUGGGCGCGGAGUGGAAGCUGCUGUCCGAGUCUGAGAAGAGACCGUACAUCGAUGAGGCCAAGAGGCUGAGGGCGCAACACAUGAAGGAGCAUCCAGACUACAAGUACCGACCCAGGCGCAAACCCAAAAACCUGCUGAAGAAGGACCGCUACGUCUUCCCCCUGCCUUACCUGGGAGACACCGACCACCUGAAGGGACUGCCCGUGUCGGCCGCUGACUCCCUCCUGGGCUCCUCGGAGAAAGCCCGGGCGUUCCUGCCCCCCACCUCCGCCCCCUACUCUUUCCUCGACCCGAGCCAGUUCAGCUCCAGCGCCAUCCAGAAGAUGACCCAGGAGAUGCCCCACACGUUGAGCACCAGCACUUUGCCCUACGCCUCCUCGCUGGGAUACCAGAACGGCGCGUUCGGGACCCUCGGGUGCCCCAGCCAGCACACCCACACCCACCCGUCGCCAACGAACCCGGGCUACGUCGUGCCGUGCAACUGCACGGCCUGGUCGGCGUCAAGUUUACAGCCCCCCGUGGCUUACAUACUGUUUCCAGGUAUGACCAAGACUGGGAUAGACCCCUACUCAUCCGCACACGCCACUGCCAUGUAACCCCCCCACCUUAAAGACUCUCACCCUGUUUUUAAAGUCAUUUGAAUACAGAGAUGCAUGUAAAUAAAACAGCGCGGCCCGUUAGAAGGCAUGAUCGGUGUUAUCUGAAGGGACGAAAAGAUGAAAAACUUUAAAUCCAACAAGUUCCUGAGAAGCAAAGGAGCUGCAGUUGGAUGUGAAGGACGGAGCGCAGUGAACUGUAAGAAAUGUAAAUGUUAUAACUUUUAUGGCAACCAGAAAAAAAAAAAUGGAGGCCUUUAACUUUAUUUAUUAUGUACAUUUCAAUGAUAUGCUGAUUUGUGUUGAUGAUUCUGAUGUAGGCUACACGUUUUAUUUGGAAAGGGGAGAAAAAUUUGGCUUUGACAAUUACAGAGCAAAUACCUGCGUUUGCAGAAUAAGUCUACUUUUUUUCUUUCUUUUUGCAAUUUUAGGAUGUGAAUCUGAAGAUAUGAUCAACAUUCAGACUCAUAGGCUGCUUUUUAUACGGGUUUAAUUGUUUAUAUUAAUCAAAAGUAAUAAAAAAAAAAGAAAAAAAGCAUAAAAGUAGACCGUCUAUUUAAGCUAAAAAAAAAAGAGGGCAAAGCAAAAUAUUUGGUUUUUACAUUUUUCCAUGUGGUUCAGUGAUAAUAUAGUCCCUAUCAUCAUUUCAGUUUUUAUUCUUUAGUUCAUUUUUUUUUUGAAUUCUUUUAAUUUUUAAGGAUAUCUUCAAAUUGAAUUCAAGGAGUUCUAUGUGUAUUUUCUAUCUGAGAUGGUACUUUAAAGCUGUCAUGUUAUGGAAAGGAUCCUGUAUGGUAGGUUGAUACCUCCUGCUCUUUGUUCAAGUGCUGAGCAAAGACUUUUUGAAUAAAGACAAUCUGUCUUCAACCAGAUCAAUUCCCUGCAUCUGUAGAUAUUAAUAUGAUAUUUGCUGUUUAAGCAGCUAAAAAAAUAAUAGAUCGGAAUAAAAA